AUGUCAUUGAGUGGAGUAAAGAUGGGGACUUUAAUUUUGUCACACUUGGCAAAAACACUCCAAUCAAUACUUCCAGUUUGGAGGUUCUGCAACGUAUCACGUUCUGAUGUAGCCGAUCAUGCAAGAGAAAUCCUACACUCUGUGAGAACAAUCCUUCCUGCAUAUGAUGUGAGUAAAUCGCCAUGGGAAGCCAUGACAGGUAAGUCGUCGGAAAUUAUGGUUGAGGUGCUUGAAGCAUUUAGGCGAGCUAUAAAGGUGAAUGCUUAUGACGACAAACGCGUGGCUGAUUCUUUAUAUUGGUCCAAGCACUUUUUGACCCAUGUGGCUGCUAUUUUGAUCGCGCUCGGACUCUUAGAGAGCAAAAAAGGAAAAUGGACGAGGAGCUUAUGUCUAUUGAUUAUAUGUAGGCCAAUACUGCACUUGAAGAAUGGAGAUUGUACUGGAAAUGAACUUGUUGACAAGGGUCUUGCAAUCCGUGUUCUCAGCAUUGUGAUGCAAAAUCCAGGGAUAUUGGAGAGCUGCCGAAAAUUGUUAGAGAUAAAGAUUAUGGAUAAUCACGUCAUCAUCCACAAGAUGCAUCAGACGACCUCGGCACAAUCCCGUGCCAUUCUGAGUGUACUUCACCAAUUUUGCGUAAAAAGGCAAAAGUCAAUUUGCAUGGAGAGCAUUUCUACGAAAAUCCCAUGA